GGAUCUUGCUAAGAUUUUGUGGUCCUUAGUUGAGUCAGUCCUAGGUUGAGUCAGUCAAGGGUGUAAGUCUAAGUGGUGAGGAGUGGGACUGAUUCUGGGUUGUACACCUUUCACUAUGGUGGACACGCGUAGUGGCAAGAGCACCACCCCUUACACCAAGGCCCAGGAAGAGCAGGUUGCCACCGUCCUUAGAGAGAGAAAGGAGAAGCAGACGAAGGAGUUGAUUAAGCAGGCCAAGAAGUUGGCCUUGCAGGAGGAACAGGCGGCAAAGAGAAAGAAGUUGGAAGAAGAAAUGGAGAGACUAAAGAAGGAGGAGGAAGAAAAGAUGAAGGAAGUGGAAGAGGAGGAGAUAGAGGAAGAAGAAGAAAAAGAAGAGCCCUUGCUCAAAAGAAGUGCAGAGCAGAGAGGUGAAACCAGCGGCACGAAGAAGGAGGAAUCAUGGCUGGAGAAAAAAUUGUCUGAGUGGGUAGCUAAUUUAUCUUUGGGAGAAGAGGAAGAGGCCAUGUUAUAUGUUCCCCCAGAGGAGAAGGAAGCCGUAAUCAGGGAGUGGGAGGCAGAAAAAGACCCUCUGAGGCGUCAGACUAUAGAGGAGGAGAAGAAGUUAGAAUGAAAAUUGCGUCUCACAAGGGAAAAGAAGAGAAGGAUGGAGGAGACAAACAAGAUGGCGAGGGAAUUGGAGAUGAUAAAGGCGCAGAGGGAAG